CAUUUACAUUAUCUAGGGAGCGAGUUGCACCACUUGUUCCUGGCCAGGCGAGUCUGAAAGGGCUGCUCAGAGGACGACCUUCAGAGGGGUAGGGGAGCGCGGAUCUUCACUGGCAGGAGACAGAAAAUGAUCACCUUUUAUUCUUCCCCAGAAGGUCGACUGCCUAGCCAAUCUUAGUUUCAAGGCUUAUUCUCCAGGGGAAAUGAGAAGCCCGUCUCAACCUGAAGACACUCGUGUCAGGUGAAUGGACAGCCAGCCACCGCGAUGAAAGAACUCAAAGCAGGGCCCACCCAGGCGGAACCCAUGCCUCAGUCACCCCCGAGUGUUCCCUGACAUGCACCUUUGCUCACAGUGCAUCACAACUGAAGAAUGGGGCUCAACCUGACCCUUACAAAGCCACCAAAUAAUGAACUGCCCAGCCACGGAAGUACAACUCCAAACAAUACAACAGACGGACCCGGAAAAAACACCACCCUUCACAACGAGUUUGACACUAUUGUCUUGCCUGUGCUUUACCUCAUUCUGUUCAUAGCAAGCAUCUUGCUGAAUGGCCUAGCAGUGUGGAUCUUCUUCCAUAUUAGGAAUAAAACCAGCUUCAUAUUUUAUCUCAAAAACAUAGUGGUGGCCGACCUUAUAAUGACGCUGACAUUUCCAUUUCGAAUAGUCCAUGACGCAGGAUUUGGCCCUUGGUUCUUCAAGGCUAUCCUGUGCAGAUACACCUCCGUUCUCUUCUACGCGAACAUGUACACUUCCAUUGUGUUUCUCGGGCUGAUAAGCAUCGACCGCUAUCUGAAGGUGGUGAAGCCAUUCGGGGACUCUCGCAUGUACAGCGUAACCUUUACAAAGGCUCUAUCUGUUUGCGUGUGGGUGGUCAUGGCCGUGCUGUCCUUGCCAAACAUCAUCCUCACAAAUGUUCAACCAACUAAGGAAAAUAUUCAUGAGUGCAUGAAACUCAAAAGUCCUUUGGGAGCCAAAUGGCAUAAGGCAGUCAGCUACGUGAACAGCUGCUUGUUUGUGGUUGUGUUGGUGAUUCUGAUCGGAUGUUACAUAGCCAUAUCCAGGUACAUCCACAAGUCCAGCAGACAAUUCAUAAGUCAGUCAAGCCGAAAGCGAAAACACAACCAGAGCAUCAGAGUGGUUGUGGCCGUGUUUUUUACCUGCUUUUUACCAUAUCAUUUGUGCAGAAUUCCUUUUACUUUUAGUUACUUGGACAGGCUUCUAGAUGAAUCUGCGCACAAAAUCCUCUAUUACUGCAAAGAAAUGACGCUUUUUUUGUCUGCGUGCAAUGUGUGUCUGGACCCAAUAAUUUACUUUUUCAUGUGUAGGUCUUUUUCAAGAAGAUUAUUCAAGAAAUCAAAUAUCAGGACCAGGAGUGAAAGCAUCAGAUCACUGCAAAGCGUCAGAAGAUCAGAAGUCCGCAUAUAUUAUGACUAUACUGAUGUGUAGCGAUACUGUAUCUUGUUUGUUGGAAUCAGUAUGUACAAAGUGUAAAUAAAUGUUUCUUUGCAUUUUC